AAGAGGAAAAGGCGGUUCUAGAGGCGUCCAGAAGGGAAUGCAAAGGAAAGGAAAACGAGGAGGAGAAAGACGUGAAAGGAGGAGAGAAUAAAAUGGAGAUGGAAGAGAGGAAGAAAAGGGGAAGAGAAGUGGAAGAGGAGGAAGAACAUCAGGAGGGGAGAGGCAGGAAGGAGAAAAGAAGGGAAGAGAAAGAGUCAGGAAAUGACGUAUCAGACAUGGAAGAUAGAGAGACCAAUGAGAUAACGCCGACUGGGGAUUUUAAGGAUGACGCGAAGCAGGGAUUGGCAAGCGUGGCGACGGUGGCGCCAACGAAGGAGAUACGGAGGCCUGGGGAAGUGAAUGGUGAAGGAGAAAGAAUCGGCCAUUCUUUUAGCAAGCGUAGAGAAGUAAGUAUUGUAGAAGUGAACAAGGAGAGUUUUGAGAUUAUCGGGGAGGAAGGAAAGGACGAUAGUGAAGGUAAAGAGAACAAUUAUAAUGUAGAAAUAGACAUUAACAAAAAUAGGAUAAUAGAAAGUAGAAAUAAGACGAUAGAAAAUAAGAAUGGGGAAAGCGUGAUCGAAGCAACACGUGGUGACGGUGAAAAUUAUACGCAGCACGUGGCCCCUAGAGAGGGAAACAUUAGGAAUAAAAGAGAAAGAACAGUUGAUUUGUACGAGGAAGGACUUGUAAGAGAGAAAUAUGUGGUGUGCUGUGUCCUUAACAUGACAACGACAAAAAGAAAGGGAGGAAGCGAACCACCUAUUGAAGAAAUAUAA